AUGAGGGCAACAACACGGCUAGUCAGGCACCUGCGGGUAGAACGUAGAGCGUUCUCCUCAACAGCUCGCCGCCUGGACAAUUAUGGCUUCAUCGGCCUGGGCCAGAUGGGCUACCAGAUGGCCAGGAACCUCCAGGCAAAGCUGUCGCCAAAAGACAGCGUGCGGCUGUUCGAUGUCAACAAGGGAGCUAUGGAGAAGCUUGCGGCAGAGAUGAAUGCACAACAAGCCGGCGGCGCCACCGUCGAGCUGGCAGAGAGUGCUACGGAUGCUUCAAAAGACGCGGACACUGUCAUCACAGUCUUACCAGAGCCAACCCAUGUCAAGUCUGUCUACGAGUCUAUACUCAGUGCUGGACUUGGAUCUCGGCAGAGCCCGCGCAUAUUCAUCGAUUGCUCAACCAUUGACCCCUCGUCGUCGCGGGAAGUCGCCGCCUCCGUUGCAAAGGCGCUGCCGAACGGCUCCGGCCACUUCGUCGACGCGCCCAUGUCAGGAGGCGUGGUGGGGGCCACCGCCGGCACGCUGACCUUCAUGCUCGGCGCACCGGAGGAGCUCGUCCCGCGGAUCGAGCCCACCCUGCUGCGGAUGGGCAAGCGCGUGCUGCACUGCGGCGUGCAGGGCACGGGUCUCUCGGCCAAGCUGGCUAACAACUACCUGCUGGCCAUCAACAACAUCGCGACGGCCGAGGCGAUGAACCUGGGCAUCCGGUGGGGGCUGGACCCGAAGGUGCUGGCCAACAUCAUCAACGUCAGCACGGGCCGGUGCUGGCCGAGCGAGGUCAACAACCCCGUGGCGGGCGUCGUGGAGACGGCGCCGGCGAACAGGGACUACGCGGGCGGGUUCGGCAUCGGCCUGAUGCGCAAGGACCUAAAGCUUGCCAUUGUCGCGGCGAACGAGGCCGGCGCGAGGCUGGAGCUGGCCGAGCCGGCACGCGAGCUCUACGAGACCGCGGAGAAGGACGAGGGUUGCAAGGGGCGGGACUUCAGCGUCGUAUAUAGAUAUCUAGGAGGCAAGGAGUGA